AUGCAGCUCCUUAGAUACCCUAAAGCCGUGAUGAUACACAUUGAUCCACAUAUGCGGUGGUCCAAGAAUAGGGUAAAGUCGGGUAUAUUGUACCGGUCUUUAAUUUGUACCACCUCAAUAUUUCCUGAACUAUAG